AUGUCCUUUUUAGGGAUCUACCGGGCAAUUUACGACUAUGCUCCGCAGAUUGACGAGGAGCUUGCCCUGAAAGAGGGGGACCUGCUUUAUGUUUUGGAAAAGUCCUCCGAGGACGCCUGGUGGAAGGCUAAGAAGAAGGCUGCCGCAAACGAGGAUGAAGAGCCUGUGGGCCUGAUUCCAAACACCUAUGUCGAGGAGUCUGUACCGGUCGGCAAACUUCGGGCAUUAUACGACUACCAGAGGCAGACCGAUGAAGAAUUGUCCUUCUCCGAGGAUGCUAUAUUGGACGUCUACGAUAACUCCGAUCCGGAUUGGAGCCUGGUAGGGCUAAAGGGCGAAUACGGCUUUGCCCCGGCCAACUACCUCGAGAAGACCGACGAUGCUCCAAUUCCAGCUGUGUCAUCUCCAAUCGAAGCUGCUCCACCGCCGCUACCAUCUCGGAACUCUGUAACUCUUCCACCUCGGCAGCCGGAGCCGGAGCCUGAGCCGGAAUCGGAACCUGAGGAAAGUCCGGUUCGACCAUCUCCAGCAACUACCAUAGCAGCGGCGUUGAAGCAAAGACAGGCUUCAAUCGCUGCCCAAUCGCCCGUCGCAUCCCCAACUACAGCCCGGUACACUCCUCCGCCCCAAAUGCAUACCCAGAAGGCUGUCCACUUUACCCCUGAAGCAAGUGACGAUGACGAGCCUGCACCACGCCUUCCCGAACGGCCCAGGUCUGAUAUAUCUACACCCUACGCCUCGCCGAUAUCUCCAAAUCCUCCUACUACGUUUGAGCAAAUGGAAGCAGCAGGUGUCCACCGGUAUCCACUCGAUGAAAUCGUGAAUAAGAAAAAAGUUCCAUGUGUUCUUGAGCUCGGCAAUGGCAGGAUCAUCCUAACCCCACAGAAAAAGAGUAUUCCAUCGACUACAUGGGAAAUCGAAGAUUUACAAACAUAUAGUGCGGAUGGGAAACAUGUCGGACUCGAUCUCGUUUCACCUAUAAGAUCGCUUGACCUCCGUGCCGAGAACAAAGAAACUGCGAGUGAGAUUAUCAGAGAUUUGGGUGAAAUGCGAGGUGCUGCUAGAGCAGCGGGUUUGAGUGAAGUCAUGGCGAUUGCAAAGAGUGGUGGAAAGAAACUCGGUAUCAUUCUUUACGACUUUGAUGCCCAAGGGUCCGAUGAAGUUAGUGUCAAAGUCGGAGAUGAAGUUGUCAUCCUCGAUGACGGCCAGUCAGAUGAAUGGUGGAACGUGAGACGUAUAAUAAACGGGAAAGAGGGUGUAGUCCCCAGCAGUUAUGUUGAAAUCAAGAAUACCCGGUCUAUUGAGGCGCCAGCCACUGAAGAGUCGUCGAAAGGCAAGGAACGAGACUCGCGAUAUAGCCACCAACAUAAGGCCAGCGUUGGCCCAGGGAUCAUGCUCCCGCCUCGCGAUAGCAGCCUGAAUACUCCGAAUACAACCUCUACCACCUCCAGUAGAAAACCGACAGGAAGAACGGCUACAAGCGACAAACCAAAACCGAACGCAAAACACGUCCGGACCUGGACUGACAGAUCUGGGACUUUUAAGGUCGACGCCGAAUUUCUCAAUCUUAGAGAUGGAGUUAUCCACCUUCACAAAGUCAAUGGCGUCAAGAUCGCAGUUCCUGUCGCCAAGAUGUCUAAGCAAGAUCUCGAGUACGUAGAAAGGAAAACCGGAUUAAGCCUCGACGAAGACAAACCGCUAUCCGAUCUUCGCGGAAAACACAAAGCAAGCGUCACAACCGCAAUUAGUGCCGGGCCUUCCACUUCCAGCGCGCCCAAGUCGCCAAUCGGUAUCACCGUCGACCGAUCCAAAGGAAGCGGAAAUACGAGCGUUAACGACUACGAUUGGUUCGAAUUCUUCCUGAACUGUGGUGUGGACGUUCAUGCAUGCCAAAGAUAUGCCAACAACUUCGCAAAAGACAGCAUGGAUGAAUCGAUUCUUCCGGAAAUCAACCAAGCCGUCCUGCGAACGCUUGGACUUAAAGAAGGAGAUAUUUUACGGGUUAUGAAAUUCCUAGACAACAAAUAUGGACGGAAGAAAGAAGAGGUAACUGGUAACGGAGAUGGUCAACAAAGUCUAUUCACUAACCCUGAUGGUGGUCUUAAGAAUAACACGCGUAGAGAACGUCCGGCACCCGGCGUCCAAACCUCGGAUGUAGUGGAUCCUAAGAUGCUGGAGCAAAGGAAGCCCACCCCGGAACCCUCCAAGAUGCAGGAAAAUUCGGCUAAAGACAACGACCCCUGGGCCCCUAAACCCUCGAAGCAAGAAUCAGAACCACCAAAGUCUGCCUCCCCUGCUCCCCAGCAAGUGACCGCUGCCCCAGCAGAGACCCAAGCUCAGCCAAAGCCCCAGCCUCCUACUGGUGCCUUACGAGAGUUAUCACUUUUGGACGAACCAUUGAGACCGACAGUAGUGGCGCCUGCACCUUCAGCGGAACAGUCAGCACCAGUUUUAUCUCCGCCUGCCCAGCCUUCGUCAGCUCCACCACAGCAAACUUGGCAACCUCCUCCCGCGAAUAUUCUUGCAGCUCCAUUAUCAGUCUAUCAGCAACCAGCACAGCAAACCUCUCCGACAUCGCCUCCAUAUAUCAACUAUCAGCAAACUGGUGUUCUUCAACCCCAGCACACUGCUUUCCAAACUCAACCCCUUCAAGCCCAGGCUACUGCCCGACAGCGACCUCAAGCACCACAAAUUGCUCAGAACCUAGGAGGUUUAGUUCCCCCGCCACCUCAACGACCACAGUCCACUCCUGCUCAGAAUUUCCCUCAGCAAAUUCAACCACUGGUCCCUGCAAUAACUGGUUACCAAAAUGUGUCAUCUGUCGCCCCACAAGGGCAGUUGAGCAUGCAACAGCAGUUACAACAAGCCGAGUUCCAAAGGCAGCUACAGGCUCAGCAGGCUCUUCAGCAACAGCAAGCCCUCCUUCAGCAACAACAGGCUGCAGCCUUGCAACCUCAACUUACCGCAGUUCCAAACAAUUUUGGGAUUCCCCAGAUCAAUUACGGAGGAAUAGCUGUUCAGCCGACCGGCUAUGGUCAACCACAACUAGGCUUUAAUAAUACGCUGCUUCCACAACCCACCGGCUCAGCAUUGGGACCUUUGCCACCUCCUUUCAAGCCCACAGUUGACCUGAGUCUCCCAACUCCUCUGCUACCGCAAAAUACUGCCGUUCAACAGCAACAAAAUGGAUUUGGGAAUCAAUUUGGUGCCGGCGGCAUCAACAAGAAUUUGAUGCCAGCUCUGGCUCCCCUCAAACCGCAGGCUACCGGCCCGGCCCCGGCAGUCAAGUUUGGAGUUACACCUAGUAAAUUAGCGCCCCAACCAACGGGCGUAAGGAAAGCCAACCUGAACGCUGCCACUCCGGAGAACCCAUUCGGCUUUUAA